CACAUAAAUAAAAAGACCAUUUCACGUUCGUUUUUCAUGCAAUGGCGACUGAAUGUAUGAUCGCGUCACAAGAAACUCAAAAAUCGCCACUGGUUUUCGACGCCACCGUGCUCCGCCACCAGUCCACGAUCCCAACCCAAUUCGUGUGGCCGGACCACGAGAAGCCCGGGUCGUCCUUCUCGGCAGCCCGGGAACUCGAGGUCCCCGUUAUCGACUUGGAUCGCUUCCGCUCAGGCGAUCCUCUCGCCGUCGCGGAAGCGUCCAGGCUCGUAGAUGAAGCGUGCAAAAAACAUGGGUUCUUUCUGGUAGUCAACCAUGGCGUUGACUCUAGGAUUAUCUCAGAGGCUUACCGUUACAUGGACCUCUUCUUUGACUUGCCACUCUCCCACAAGGAAAAGGCUCUGAGGAAGUUGGGGGACUCUUGUGGGUAUGCCAGCAGUUUCACCGGGAGGUUUUCGAGCAAGCUUCCAUGGAAGGAAACUCUUUCGAUCAUUUCUUCAGGCCAGGAAAAGUCUUCCCACAUCGUGAAAGACUAUUUCCAGGAAACGUUCGGUCCAGAUUUUGCUCCUCUUGGGGAGAUAUAUGAAGAAUACAGCAAUGAGAUGAGAAAGGUCUCGCAGGAGAUACUGGAAGUGCUGGGAAUUAGCUUGGGCGUGGGAAGGAAACCUUUGAGGGAAUUCUUCCAAGGGGACGAGUCCAUAUUGCGGCUGAACCACUACCCGCCAUGCCAGAGACCUGAGCUGACCCUAGGGACGGGCCCACAUUGUGAUCCCACGUCCAUCACCAUCCUCCAUCAGGACUCCAUUGGUGGCCUCCAGGUUCUUGUCGAAAACGAGUGGCGGUCUGUCUCCCCCAACCUCCAUGCCUUUGUCGUUAACAUCGGCGACACCUUCAUGGCAUUGUCGAAUGGAAUAUAUAAAAGUUGCUUGCAUAGGGCAGUGGUGAACAACCAGAGUCCGAGGAAAUCAAUGGCUUUCUUUCUUUGCCCGAAUGGGGAUAAGGUGGUGAGCCCACCGCCAGCGCUGGUGAACUCAAACAACCCAAGGCUCUACCCGGACUUCAAAUGGCCCACCCUCCUAGAGUUCACCCAGAAGCAUUAUAGAGCUGACAUGAACACUCUUACCAAUUUCUCAAAAUGGCUCCAAGACCACCCCUCACCUUAAUGUCUCAUCUUCCCAUCACUUAGACUUGUUAUUGAUAAACACCACAUAAAAUUAAAGUUAUGAGUCAUAAUAGACCGGUGAUGAUUUCACAUUAUUAUUAUCAUUGUUAUUUUUAUUACUCCUAUUAUUCAAGGAUUGAAAUGGUACUUAUUUGUUAUUCCAAUGGCUUUGAUCCC